AUGUCACCCAUUCAUGUAUCAACUGAAAAUAUUCAGCAACAGCAACAACAACAAAAUAGUGCAACAAUUAAAAUUAAUAAAUCAGAAGAAAACAAUAACAAUACUAUUAUGAAUAAAGCAAGUGAUUCCUAUAUAGGAGAUAAAAAUAUUGAAUAUAAUAAUAACAAUAAUAAUAAUAAUAGUAAUAAUAAAUCGAUUCUCGAUUUACCAAUUGAAAUUAUAUUUCAUAUAUUUACAAUUGAAAGAGGUUUAAACUAUUAUAAUAUUACAACACCAAUUAUUAAAAAUUAUAGAGGUUUUAUACCAAACAAUAAUAUUAAUAAUAACAAUAAUAACAAUAACAAUAACAAUAACAAUAGCAAUAACAAUAACAAUAAUAAUAAUAAUAUAAAUAAUGAAGAAGAAUCAAUAAGCGCAAAUUAUAAUAGUUAUAAUAAAAAAACCAUACUUAAUGUAGUAAUUAAUUUCUCAAUGACAUGCAAAUAUUUUUAUUAUUUAUUUCAAGAUGAUGGAUUUUGGUAUAGAACCUAUAAAUCCUUUUUUUCAAAUUAUUCCUUAAUUGAUAUAGAUAAGAAUUGUUUAUCAAGAAUAUCAUCACUAAAUAAUCAACAAGAAAUACCCUCAUCUCCUAAAACAUGUACAACAUUAACUUCAUUAUCAAUAUCAAUGGAUGAAAACGAUCUCCAUAAUAAUAAUAAUAAUAAUAACAAUAAUAAUAAUAAUAAUAAUAUUAAUAAUAAUAAUAAUAAUAAUAAUAAUAAUAAUAAUAAUAAUAAUAAUAAUAAUAAUAAUAAUAAUAAUAAUAAUAAUAAUAAUAAUAAUAAUAAUAAUAAUAAUAAUAAUAGUAAUAGUAAUAGUAAUAAUAAAAAAAAUAGUAAUAAUAAUAAUAAUAACAAUAAUAAUAAUAAUAAUAGUAAUAAUAAUAAUAAUAAUAAUAAUAAUAAUAAUAAUAAUAAUAAUAAUAAUAAUAUACAUGAAGACUAUUUUGAUUAUGAUAAUAAUAUAGUUAAUACAUGGAAAGAUAGAUUCAUAAAAAGAAAUCAUCCAUGGAAUUAUAAAGAUAUAAAAUGUAGAAAAGAGAUACAGGGUAAUAAAGGUAUAACAUCAUUAGAAGUUGAUGAUAAAUAUUUAUUUAGUGGAUCACAUGAUACAAAUAUAAAUUUAUAUGAAUUAGCUAAUGAAUUAGAACAACCAAUAAUAGAUGAUGAUGAUGAUAAUGAUGAUGAUGAUGAUGAAAGUUAUGGUGGUGGUGGUGGUGUUAGUAUUUUUAAAGGACAUAAAUCAACAAUUUGGGCAUUAAAAUCAGAUGGUAAAAGAUUAUAUAGUGGAUCAAAUGAUCAUACUAUUAGAAUUUGGGAUUUACAAAGAAAAAGAUUAAAACAUACAAUUCAUGAUACAACAAAGAUAUUUUCAAUAGCAAUUGCAAAUCAGAAAUUAAUAUUUAGUUCAAGUGAUAAUAAUAUUAAAUGUUGGGAUAGAAAAUCAACAAAAUUAAAACACACCUUAAAAGGACAUAUGGGUGGUAUUAAUAAAAUUCAAAUUAAAGAUUCGACACUCUAUAGUGGUUCUUCGGAUGGUUCUGUGAUCAUUUGGGAUUUAAAUACUUUGAAACCAAUUGGAAGUAGAAUAGAUUCAUCUGAUAAAAUCUUAUCAUUACAAACGAUAAAUUCAAAUACAUUGGUUACUGGUAGUCAAAAUUGUCAAAUUAAAUUUUGGGAUUUACGUUUAACACCAAAUCGAAAAACUAGUGGUGGCAGUGGUGAUCGUAGUGACACACCGAUCGUAUCAUUGGUUAAUGCUCAUAAAUGGGAAGUUUGGCAAUUGGAAAUGUGUGGUGGUUAUUUAUUUAGUGGAAGUUUUGAUCAUACUAUUAAAAUUUGGGAUUUAAAUAAUUUUAAAAAUUUAUCAAUCAUUUCAAGUCAUCGUAGUUAUAUUCAUGCUUUAACAUCAUCCUCUUUUCAUUUAUUUUCUGGUUCUGCUGAUAAAUUUAUAAAAGUAUUUUCUGAUUAA